ACUAAAUUCUCUUCUUUCUUUUCCACUCUACUCUGUCUUGAGACCAAAGAAAACUCCUUUAUUUAUUUGGGUCACUACACUACUCCUAAUUGAACUCAACUGAAUCAGUAGAAGCUCUACUUUGAGAAGAAAAGAAGUGAAAAAUGGCCAGCAUAGGAACGGGAUAUGACCUAUCGGUGACGACAUUCUCGCCGGACGGCAGAGUAUUUCAGAUCGAAUACGCCGGCAAAGCAGUCGAUAACAGCGGCACUGUCGUCGGCAUCAAAUGCAAGGAUGGAAUCAUCUUGGGAGUGGAGAAGCUAAUAGCAUCCAAGAUGAUGUUGCCUGGAUCAAAUCGGAGAAUUCACUCCGUUCAUCGCCAUUCCGGCAUGGUAUGUUAAGCAUUGAUGUCAAAU